AUGGGCCAUGAUUCGUUGCAUCCAGUCAGCAACACUUGUGAUGACGAUUUUGGCGGGUGGGGCGCCACAGCUAUCGAUACAUUGUCAACUGCCAUAUUGUUUGAGAAAGAAGACAUUGUCCGGCAGAUCAUGAUAUUCAUCUCCAAGCUCGACUUCGCAAAAGUCACUGGCGGGUCCAGUAUUCAGCUCUUCGAGGUGACGAUUCGCCACUUUGGGAGUAUGUUAUCCGCGCAUGACCUGCUACAUGGACCUUUCUCGCAUCUAGUAAACGACAAGACGCUGCGCGAGAGCUUGUACACUCAGAUGGUCUCGCUUGGAGCAGCUCUAAGCUGUGGAUUCAGUACGCCUUCGGGCAUCCCACGAAAUUGGGUAGAUCCAACGAAAUGCGCUACAGACGAUGGUCAAUCAAAUACAGUCGCUGGUGCUGGAUCUCUCAUACUAGAGUUCGCUAAGCUGUCUGAAAUCACAGGCCAUCAGCUGUACGUGGAACUCGCUAAACGAGCUGAGCAGCACCUUGUAGAUCCCCACCCAGUCGAGAUGAUGCCGUGGCCUGGAGUGUUGGGCUCAUUUGUCAGAGUUGCAGAUGGGCAACUGAUGGACAUGAAGGGGAGUUGGGGUUCUUUAGCAGACUCAUUUUACGAAUAUCUGCUGAAGGCAUAUAUAUACGACAGUAAAGCAUACGCUCCUUACCUCGAACGAUGGAAACUCGCUGCCGACUCCACGAUUCGUUAUAUAGCGUCGCAUCCCUACGGCCAACCACAGUACACUUUCCUACCAUAUUGGGAGGGGAAGAAGCUGUUCAACGCGAUGGAUUCACUGUCUUGGUUUGCGGGCGGCAACUUCAUCCAAGGUGGUAUGAUCACCAACAAUCAAACCCUUAUCGAUUUUGGUCUUUCAAUUGCCGAUACUGGUGGUGCGAUGUACCAGAUGACGGCCACAGGACUCGGUGGCGAAUUCGUCGUAUGGACUGAUGAUUGCAAUGAUGGUUUUCGAGAACAGUUCCACUUAGAGGACUGCCACGCGAACAACUCCAUACAGAUCACAGGUGCAGAAUUCAAGCUGAGGCCGGAAGUCAUCGAAAGCUGGUACUAUGCCUACCGAGCCACGAAGAAUCCUAAGUAUCGAGAAUGGGCAUGGUCGGCUUAUCGGGCUAUCGAACGAGUAUGCAAGACCGGAUCUGGUUUCAGCGCAAUCAGCGACGUGAACGCUCCUAACGGCGGCAAGAAGCUUGAUCAGAUGGAAAGCUUUGUAUUCGCUGAGAUCUUCAAGUAUCUCUGGCUGAUGCAUCUACCUGAUCAUAAUGCAGACUUCCAUAUGCAAGAUAGCCGUACUGGAGAGCACAAUACCUGGGUGUUAAAUACUGAAGCUCAUCUGUUCAAAGUGGCCGGUCCGCCAGUUUGA